AUGCGUGAAGUCAUUAGCGUACACACUGGCCAAGGCGGAGUGCAGAUCGGCAAUGCUUGCUGGGAACUCUAUUGUCUGGAGCAUGGAAUUCAACCUGAUGGACAAAUGCCAAGUGAUAAAACCGUUGGAGGUGGAGACGACUCCUUUCAGACAUUUUUCAGCGAAACCGGAGCUGGAAAACACGUUCCCAGAGCCGUGUUGAUGGAUCUGGAACCAACAGUAGUGGACGAAGUCAGAACUGGCACCUAUCGGCAGCUGUUCCAUCCAGAACAACUCAUCAGUGGAAAAGAGGAUGCUGCAAACAACUAUGCCCGCGGUCACUAUACAAUUGGCAAAGAGAUGAUAGAUCUGGUUUUGGACAGAAUCCGAAAAUUGGCUGACCAAUGCACUGGCAUGCAAGGCUUCGUCAUCUUCCACUCCUUCGGUGGAGGAACCGGCUCCGGUUUCACUUCGCUCCUGAUGGAACGCCUCAGUGUGGACUACGGAAAGAAGUCCAAACUGGAGUUUGCAAUCUAUCCAGCACCACAAAUCUCAACUGCCGUUGUCGAGCCUUACAAUUCUAUACUUUGUACGCACUCCACAUUGGAACAUUCGGACUGUGCCUUCAUGAUCGACAAUGAGGCCAUCUACGACGUGUGCCGGUGA